UAUUAUUUAGUGAAUAACUUCCUUAUUCAAACCCCACUUCACUUCCUUUCUUCUUCCAUCAUAGCCAAAUAUUUAUAUCCCUUUUUGCUAUUCCUUUUUAGUCAUCUUUUUCUUCAUUUCUGGUGAAGAAGUUUGGCUUUGAGCGAUUGCUUUUUUGUGGGGUCUCAAACAGUAGGAUUUUUGGAGCAUUUCCAAUUUGAUAGCACUUUCACCGGAAAGGGUUUUAUCCAGUGGUUUGAAGAUGUAUGUGGUGGAGAGCAAAGGAGGGGCUAUUGUUUGCAUGUUAUUGUCUUUGUUCUUCUUAGGGACAUGGCCAGCUUUACUAACUUUACUUGAAAGAAGAGGGAGAUUUCCUCAACACACUUACCUUGAUUAUACUUUCACCAAUCUGCUGGCUGCUGUUAUAAUUGCUUUUACCUUUGGUGAGAUUGGGACAGGCACAUUGGAAAAGCCGAAUUUCCUUCCACAACUCUCCCAGGAGAAUUGGCCCAGUGUAGUGUUUGCAAUGGUUGGAGGGGUGGUCCUCAGCAUUGGAAACCUUACAACUCAAUAUGCUUGGGCUUUUGUUGGUUUAUCAGUUACGGAGGUCGUCUCCUCAAGCAUUACUGUUGUUAUAGGAACAACCUUGAAUUACUACCUUGAUGACAAAAUUAACAAAGCGGAGAUUCUUUUUCCUGGGGUUGGAUGCUUCUUGAUUGCUGUUUGUUUAGGCUCUGCUGUUCAUGCAUCCAAUGCAGCUGAUAACAAAGCAAAGCUCGAUAGUUAUUCAAAUGACUCUAAAGAUGGGAUUCGGGCUAACAGUAUUAUGGAGUCCAAACAAACAAUUACACAGAGAGUUAGUGCAAUAGAUGUGGAAAAGGGAGUUUCUUCCACAGAGAAGGCAAAAUUUGGGACUGCACUUUUCCUUAUUGAUCUUGAGAAGAGAAGAGCGAUCAAGAUAUUUGGGAAGAGCACUUUCAUUGGUUUGUCGCUGACAUUCUUUGCUGGAGUUUGCUUUUCUCUCUUCUCACCAGCAUUCAACCUUGCCACAAAUGAUCAGUGGCAUACUCUAAAAGCUGGAGUUCCACACUUAAGUGUCUAUACAGCAUUCUUCUACUUCUCAAUCUCUUGCUUUGUCAUUGCCAUGAUUCUAAACCUCAUCUUCUUAUACCGCCCUGUUCUAAAUGCACCCAAGUCGUCUCUUAAGGCUUAUCUUAAUGACUGGAAUGGUAGAGGUUGGGCUCUUUUGGCAGGACUUUUGUGUGGUUUUGGAAAUGGUCUCCAAUUCAUGGGAGGUCAAGCAGCUGGAUACGCAGCUGCAGAUGCUGUCCAGGCGCUUCCCCUCGUGAGCACCUUUUGGGGGGUAAUAUUGUUUGGAGAGUAUCGAAGAUCAUCCAGAAAAACAUAUACGCUCCUAAUAGGCAUGCUAUUUAUGUUUGUAGUAGCUGUUGGAAUACUUAUGGCAUCGUCAGGGCAUCGCAAAUAGUGCAUCAAACAGUUAGAACCACAUAAAUCAUAAUGCUCUUGUAUAUUAUCAUAAUCAGAAUAUUGUUGUUAUGUAUAUACAUUGCUGUUUCUUUUUGAAUAGAAGCACAGUUUAUUUAAAAUCUGCUGAAAAACUCACUGUACAUAGGUAUGAUACAUAGCACCUAUUGCAAUCAGAUCCUUCUACAUUAUUGCAUUUUG